AUGCGUGUCUCUGUCCCUUCCCUCCCCGACGCCCUCCUGCGCCCCGCUGCUGACGCGGUAGCCAAUACCAGCAUCACCGCCGCGGAGGCAACGACGCGCAUCGCGGACUUCCUCACCCGCGGCAAGGGCAGCACCGCAGUCAUCACCGGGGCGGGCGUGAGCGUCGACUCGGGCAUCCGCGCAUACAGGGGAAAGGGCGGCCGGUAUCUAAACCCGAACUACAAGUGCGUGGCCAUCUAUCAUGAGUUAAUGGAAGACACGGCCAGAGGGGUAGCGUUCAGGUGCGCAUGGCUCCGGUCGUUCUUGGGAUACCCGCCAGUACGAGAUGCCCAGCCGAACCCCACGCAUUAUGCACUCGCCGCGCUGCAGCAUGGACACGUCACCUCCGACCUCAUCACACAGAACGUAGACGGCCUGCACGCGAAAGCUGUAGAACGAUUUUGGCCGAAGUCUCGCAUUGAGGAGCAGAUCCUAGAGCUUCACGGCACUCUGCAUAGCGUACGAUGUUCCCAUGGACAUGUAAUCUCUCGGGAGGCGUUCCAGGAAAAAUUAGGGAUGGCGAACCCGGGUUGGAAAGAGUACCUGAAGAACUUGGAGCAGACUGGGGACCAGCCCCGAACGAAUCCAGACGGAGAUGUGGUGCUUCCCGAAGGCACGCGGUACGACGAGUUCGUUGUUCCCGAAUGCCCUAAAUGCCUCCGGGACAAACAGCACAACACCAUGCUCAAGCCUGAGGUCGUCUUCUUUGGAGAGUCUAUCUCGCAGGGCGUCAAGGAGCGAUCGUUUGAGGUCAUCAGUGACAGCAAGCAGCUCCUCGUCGUCGGUACCACUCUCGCCACAUUUUCCGCAUUCAGGUUGGUCAAGCAAGCCGUCGAGCAGCGCAAACCGGUGCUGCUUCUGAACGAGGGAGCUUCGCGCGCGGACAACCUUCUAGGAAUUGAGCACGUUCGCAUCUUAACCAGCGCAGUCAUGCGUGAUGUCGUGCGCAAGGUACUAGGAGUGACCGCGGAGUCAGACAUCUUCCCGGAGCUGCUCAACAGCGGCAUCGUCAAACUACCACCAGAGGAUCCCGACGAUGGGUUGCCGACCCCACCUCGAUUAUGA